AUGUCUAAAAAUUUAGAUACGAUAUGGGAUUCACCCGCUCUCGCGAAAUCCCCUUCUCUGCAAAUCCGCGCUAAUCCUAAUUUUCAAAGAGUGGAUCAAGCGGAUUAUGAUAAACGUGCUCUGCGUGGAGCAAUAGAACCACACUUCCUUAUGCCCGUCAGACGAGUGAUGGAUCAGAUCAGACCAUUACACGUUGAAGUGUUACAAAAGCAGCUUUACCCGCGAAACGCUUCAUUUUUAAAUGGUGUGCUAUGCUUUGACACAAAAGGACUGAAAGGCCAACAAGUUCAUCUGAUGAUCACAUGCGGCUGUCGCUACGGUCGUGAGGAUUUGGAUGUAUUGGGUUUGACAUUUCAGAAAGACCUACUUCUUUGUACUCGUCAAAUAUGGCCAGAGACUGCCGAACCAUCAAGUGUAACCAAACGCAAAACCGCUCGCAGUUGGAGACGUCAACGAUCGAAGGAAAUGACACCAAAUGAGGAGGAACGUUUCACCGAAGUGCAAACUCCCGAAUGUCCUACAGGCAGUUCCAAUAGCUAUGAAGAGAUACUCAUUGAUGGAUUCCCUCAUUCCUAUGCCCAAAAACGGCUGGUAGCCAGAUUGGGCUCGAAGGCACAUCCAUUUCGAAUAAAGGGAGGGGGCGGUUUGAAACCAUAG